AUGCCUGCGUCGAUCUACCUUGAGCCAGCAUCAAGCUUAAAUCGUGCCGGCUGCAGAUCGCGAUGUGGCUUUUGCACAAACUGCCGCCCCCCUGACCCUGACAUAUGCCGCACGGCAGCCCCUGUUAGUUUCGUACUGCGAUACUUUAAAAUGUUUCCAGGACCGCGGAUAACGGGGCUGGGAUUCGGACUUGGUACGGAUACAGACCAAUGCACACUUUACGUACUUGAACGUCGAACGUCUUGCUCUCAUGUCCCCAGCGUGCCCGCAGGCAAGGACCCCAGCGUUGAAGACUGUGCACACCGGACUCAGCGACGUGAGUUGAAAUCUGAAGCUUAUAUGCCUGUGCUACUGGUGGGAAACUACCUGCAAAACUCAAGAAAAAGAAGACCCUAUCCGGCGCUGCGACAAUACAAGGCAUAUCCCAGUCCCCCACCCCACAUACCGGGCCUCUCGACGAAAGAGCUUCCGCGGCUAUAUCAAGAUUUCACCUGGUUCUUCCUGGGAAAAACUAUACACGAUGUCAGUGCUGGACGUCUGCCAGUUGCGUUGGCUGUCGGCCGAUCGCAGGUCCGUUCCUCUGAUCCGAAUUCCGCCCACAGCAGCUACGGCUGA